GCCCCUGCCGCACUGACACAAGGGAGCACGUGUACGUGUUAACUGUUACUAACUCCAGCAUGAUUCGGAACUCAGGCAGGGAGCCCAUCCAGCGUGAGGAGGUGCAAAUUUUCUGUAGCAAAGUUUCUGAUUAUACCGCCGCCUUAUUCCAUGCACUACCUGGUGCCCUCUCUAACCAUUACCAUAGUGGGUACAGCUGCAGUGCUAUCAAAAUAAUGCUCUUAUUAUUUUAUUGUUUGAGAACUGGCCAGAAGUGCUGAGAUGAGCUCAGAGGCACAGGCAGUGUCUAGGUUUCGCACCCCGGAGCCAGUCUUUGGAGUUGUUGCUCCUGAGAUCAUUGAAGAUACUUUAAUCUGUUUAGCUACAGAAAAUGAACAAUAUCUGAAUGAGCUGUCGGAUCAGGCAGGAUGCUUCAAAGAGACCCAGAUAGUGGAAUUUGUAUUUCUUUUGUGUGAAAAAUGGUUCCUGGACCAAUCUGCACGAUAUCAAGCAGUUGAAAUAUUUGAAAGGUUUAUGAUUAAGCAUGUAGAAGAGAGCUGUAACUCUACAAAAGAGUCAAGGAUAAACAAUGAACAAGGAGAGGGCAACAUCUGGGGCACUUUGAAAGCACAGAUGUGUGACACAUUUGUGCUGCGGCUUGUGUCUUGCAUUCAGCUUGCAAGCAAACUUUCUUUUCACUACAAUAUAAUUAACAAUAACACAGUUCUGAAAUUUCUGCAGUCCUUAGACUAUUCAUACACAAAACAGAACUUGGUGGAGUCAGAACUUGCCAUUCUGAAGGCUUUACGCUUCCAGAUCAAUGUGCCAACUCCUUUUGCCUAUGUUGAGUUGCUUCUGGAGGUGUUAGGACAUAAUGGCUGCUUACUUCCUAUGAAACAGUUGCAUAAGAUGUGCAUGCACCUAUUGGAUUUAACUUAUCUCAUGCGGAACAUCAUCUAUGAUACUUUACUAAAGAUUUCUAUUGAGAAUUCAACACCGAGUGAACUCCAGAUAGAAAAAUUUUUGUCAGUAAAGGAAGAUUUCAUGCUCUUGGCAGUUGGAGUCAUCAGCACAAGCGCUUUCAUACUAAAUCCUGAAUACUGGAAUCAGGUUGUGGAGCAUUUAAAUUGCAUCACUGGCAUUACCACACAAAGCAUUUUAGAGUUUUCAUAUGCAAUACUGAACCACAGUGUUGGCACCACUAAUCCAAGGAAGAACAAAGGAACUAGAUCUUCAGAGAACUAUGUUGUACCUCCUACAAAAUAAACUUGGCUUUUCCACUGCAACCUUUCCCAUGUAUCAGUGUCCUCAAAGCCAUGUUCCAUCCACUAACUUUUUGUAACAGAUGCAGGUGGUUUUGACUUGUAACGCAUGUAGGAUGAACUUUUGUUUAGUUGCUAUGUAGCAGCUGUCAAAUAUGGCAUUUAAAAUUGUUAAAAGUGGCCUUUGCAAACUAUCCCCUAUACUCAAUGUGAAGUAGUGACAUGGGGAGUAAAAUGCUGCAAUUGUGAAGUGUUUUGCUUUUGGGAAAAUGGUUAUAGAAGUGGCAACGAUAAGUCUACAAACUGUUCUACUGUGUACAAGUGCUACAAGCCGGGCCAGGCUUUCUUCACACAGUUGCUGUUGUGCAGAAGCAGUGACUGUCUUGAACUGUUUACAAUAUCAAGGUUGUUCCUUCUGCCCCCCAGAUCUAGUUACCCCCACAGCCCAAAAAGAAAGUCAGGUAGGUAGUCUGCCAGUGUUAACAGGGGAGGGAAAUGCUAUAGUUACAGUGUAUGUGGAAUGGAAGCAAUCAAUCUGUCCAGAAUACAAAGUAUUUUAUUACAGUGUUAUUCAAUGCACCUUUGUGCAGUAACAGGCUGCAGGAAAUAUUCAUUACAAAUAGUUAAAUAGCUGGCAAUGUUUUAAACAAUAUCAAACCCACAUAAAGUUCAAUGGCACUAAGUGCUCAUUAGUUCUGAUUUAAAGAGAAGAUACUAAGUUUCAAGCAUUAGUCACCAUUUAGGGUGAUUAGGCAAAGCUUCCAUAGGCUUUGCCCCCAACACAGUUCUCACUGUCACUAAUAUUUCAUUUUUCUAACUGCAUUCUCUGUUAAAUUGUAAUGAGUUACAUCAGAUACCUACUGGUGCUGUACAGCAAGUUUCUGACUUGUCUAUUAAACUCCCAGACACUUGCUAACUAGCUAUUUCAUAAAGAGCUGAAUUAUAUUCUGUUCUGCUCAACAGUACAAUUUUACAUAUUGCUUUUCUAUGCACUACUUGUCAAAUUAAAUUUUAAAGUGUCUUGUGGAUUUUUGGUAUUGUAAACAUGUUGUACUGGUUAAUAUUAAGUGACAAUUUAUAACACUUUCCAGAAAAG